AUGGGAUCUACAUGGAAACCUGCUGAAGACUAUGUGUUGCAAUUAGCAACGCUUCUUCAGAACUGUAUGUCACCAAAUCCAGAAGUCCGUAAUAAUGCCAUGGAAGCUAUGGAAAACUUCCAGCUACAACCCGAAUUCUUCAAUUAUCUGUGUUAUAUCCUAAUUGAAGGUGAAUCCAAUGAAGUUUUGAAACAACACUAUUCUCCACAAGAUUUACAGAACAACAGAGCUACCGCUGGUAUGCUGUUGAAAAAUUCCAUGCUAGGGGAAAACAAUAUAAUUAAAAACAACAGCCAUGAUUUAGAAUACGUCAAAUCGAACAUCAUUCACGGCCUCUAUAACUCAAACAAUAACCUUGUUUCGAAUGUGACAGGUAUUGUCAUCACUACCUUAUUUUCUACUUACUAUAGACAACAUAGGGAUGAUCCAACUGGUCUUCAAAUACUUUAUCAAUUAUUGGAGCUAACUUCAAAUGGAAACGAACCUAGUAUCAAGGCUUUAUCCAAAAUCAUGGAAGACAGUGCCCAAUUUUUCCAAUUGGACUGGUCAGGAAAUGCCAAACCUAUGGAAACCCUAUUGGACAGUUUUUUCAAGUUUAUUUCUGAUCCAAGUUUUUCACCAGUGAUUCGUUCGGAAUCGGUCAAGUGUAUAAAUACAGUGAUUCCGUUACAGACUCAAAGUUUUAUUGUAAGAUUAGAUAAAUUUUUGGAGAUUAUUUUCCAGUUGGCACAAAAUGACGAAAACGACCUAGUUAGAGCACAAAUUUGCAUAAGUUUCAGUUUCUUACUGGAAUUUAGACCCGAUAAACUGGUUGCUCACUUGGAUGGUAUUGUGCAAUUUAUGUUGCAUUUAAUCGCCAAUGUAAAUGAAGAAAAAGUGGCUAUUGAGGCCUGUGAAUUUUUGCAUGCUUUUGCAACAAGCCCAAAUAUUCCUGAACAUAUUUUACAACCAUAUGUUAAGGAUAUUAUACCCAUACUAUUGUCCAAAAUGGUAUAUAACGAAGAAUCCAUUAUUCUCCUAGAAGCCUCUAACGAUGACGAUGCGUUCCUGGAGGACAAAGAUGAGGAUAUUAAGCCUAUCGCCCCCCGUAUUGUGAAAAAGAAAGAGGCAGGGAACGGUGAUGAUGCUGAUGAUAACAACGAAGAUGAUGAGGACGAAGAUGAAGAUGGCGAUGUCGACACUCAGUGGAAUUUGAGAAAAUGUUCCGCCGCAACGCUAGAUGUGAUGACAAAUAUUUUACCGCAUCAAGUGAUGGACAUUGCAUUUCCGUUUUUGAGAGAACACUUGGGUUCUGAUAGAUGGUUUAUUAGAGAAGCUACUAUAUUAGCAUUGGGAGCCAUGGCCGAAGGUGGUAUGAAAUACUUUAACGAUGGACUGCCUGCAUUGAUACCGUUUUUGGUGGAACAGCUGAACGACAAGUGGGCGCCCGUGAGGAAAAUGGCAUGUUGGACAUUGAGCAGGUUUUCACCAUGGAUACUGCAAGAUCAUACUGAAUUUCUAAUGCCAGUUUUGGAGCCCAUAAUCAAUACCUUAUUGGAUAAGAAGAAAGAUGCUCAAGAAGCCGCUAUUAGUAGUGUGGCUGUAUUUAUUGAGAAUUGUGAUUCCGAGUUGGUUGAAACCUUAUUCUAUAGCCAGUUAUUGACGAGUUUUGAUAAGUGUUUGAAAUACUACAAGAAGAAGAACUUGAUUAUAUUGUACGAUGCCAUUGGACGGUUUGCCGAGAAAUGUGAAUUGGACGAAACGGCGAUGCAAAUAAUUUUGCCACCUUUGAUCGGAAAAUGGGCUCUAUUGUCGGAUAGCGAUAAGGAGUUGUGGCCACUUCUAGAGUGUCUUUCGUGUGUGGCAUCGUCUUUAGGAGAAAGGUUCAUGCCCAUGGCACCCGAAGUAUACAAUAGAGCCUUUAGAAUUUUGUGUCAUUGUGUGGAAUUGGAGACCAAAUCUCACCAAGACCCUACGAUAGUGGUGCCUGAGAAAGAUUUCAUAAUCACGUCAUUAGAUUUGAUCGAUGGGCUAGUACAGGGCCUUGGUGCUCAAUCGCAAGAUUUGUUGUUCCCUCAGGGAACUAAAGAUUUGACGAUUUUAAAGAUCAUGUUGGAAUGUCUACAGGAUUCAGUCCAUGAAGUGAGACAGAGUUGUUUUGCCUUGUUGGGAGAUAUUGUGUAUUUCUUCAAUUCGGAAUUAAUAAUAGGCAAUUUGGAAGAAUUUUUGAAGCUGAUCGGUACGGAAAUAAUGCAUAACGACGACAGUGACGGGGUCCCCGCCGUGAUAAAUGCGAUCUGGGCGCUCGGGUUAAUAAGCGAACGUAUAGACCUGAACACCUACAUAAUUGAUAUGUCCAGAAUCGUUCUAGACCUGUUUACCACCACUACCCAAAUCGUGGACAGUUCGGUGAUGGAGAACUUGUCUGUGACCAUUGGCAAAAUGGGGCUAACGCACCCUGAGGUUUUCAGUUCUGCCGCGUUUUCCAGCGAUUCGAACUGGAAUAAAUGGUGCCUGUGUGUGAAUGCUUUGGCCGAUGUGGAGGAAAAGAGUAGCGCUUACAUGGGGUUCCUGAAGAUCAUCAACGUUACCCACACGGGAACCGCGAUGAGCAAUGACACCAUCAAAAAGGUCGUAUCAGGGUUGUCGAACAACGUAGAGGCCAACGUGUUUGCGCAGGACAUAUAUACUUUUUUGAUGAACCAUUCCGCCCAAAUCUCCAACAUCAAUUUCACGCCGGAUGAAAUUUCAUUCUUACAGCAGUUCACUAACUAG